CGUCCUCCUUUUGUGCACCUGAUCAGAAUCAUGGACCCGCAGCAGGAGCAGCAGCAGCAGCAGCAGCAGCAGCAGCGCUCGGAGCCCGCGCGCAUGGCUGCGCAGAAGGCUGAGGAGCGGUUCGCGGCCCGCGGACCCGCGCCCGGCGGCAGCAGCGCCGCAGCUUACUCAUCUUCUAAAUCGAAAAUUUGCUAGAGGAUAGAAACCCCUGCUUUUGGCUUAUCUACGGAAGCGAGUCCUGCGAGCCCAAGGAUAGGAUGUCGGCGUUGCAGUUGGCACGCCGCUUGUACUUCGCUCGUGAGCUGCGUCAGCAGGUCCCUGUUGUAACCAAUAUUGGCAUGCUGCUGCCUGUCUGUGUCGCGGCUGAUAGCAUUGCAGUUACAGUUCUCGGAGCCAGCGGCCGGAAGAUGAACCGAUUUGCAGAGGGUGCGCUGGCGCUGGGAUUGUCGGUGGCGUGUCGUGCCAUCUGCACACGUGGAGGCCUGGUUUCGUGGCGGUGUCCGGGGGUGGCGGCACCGGGUGUGCUUGUGUGCCAACGGCGCACACGGACAAUUGGAUGGUGGGGUUGCGGAAACUCGUGUGAUUGUAAACCCAACUGUUG